ACAAACAUACAAACAUGUUCAGCAAGAUUUUGGCAGUCACCCUCUUGGUAGCCACAGCUCAUGCUGUCCACAACGGUCAUGCCACCUCCUACUCUUCCUUCAACCAGCCCCACGCUAACCUUCACACCAGCAUCCUCCACCAUGCCGCCCCCGCUCACUACGCCGCCCCAGUUCUUGCCCACGCUGCCCCCGCUCACUACGCCGCCCCAGCUUACCACGGAGCUCAAAGCUACGCCAGCCUGAACCUCGCUGCCCCAGUUGUAGCCCACUCCGCCCCCUUGGUACACGCUGCUCCAGUCCACGCCGCUCCAGUGCUCCUCAAGGCCGCUCACCAAGAAGAAUACGCUUACCCCAAAUACGAAUUCAGCUACGGUGUACAGGACUCCCUCACCGGAGACUUCAAGUCCCACCAAGAAUCCAGAGACGGUGACGCCGUACAAGGACAGUACUCCCUGCACGAAGCUGAUGGUACAGUACGUACCGUGAAAUACACUGCUGACGCUCACAAUGGCUUCAACGCUGUUGUUGAAAGGUCCGGACAUGCUGCUCAACCAGCUCUUGUACAAAAGGCUCUUGUGGCCCCAAUUCAUCAUCAUCACUACUAAUUUUGGACAUGAAUGUUGUUAUUUGAUAUUUUGUUACGGGUAUUUAUGUAUUAAUAAAAAAAUUAU